CAGCCCCGCCCGUUAAAGGGAUCUCAGGCCUCGAGGAUACUCUAGCUAAAGUUUUUGAGCUUUAAGAGUAGUCCGCACAUUACAUUCCCCCCCUGAACGCUAACUUUGGUGUAUAUUGACCACGGGAAAUAUCUUCGAGAUGGCCACAAAAGUGGUUAUUGUCGGCGCAGGUAUCAUAUCCGCCUAAUCUCCUCCACAUAUAACGAUCUACGUAUUAACCCUCAGUAGGCUUUCUAGGAGUAUCCGUAGCAAAAACGUACUGAGCCUCACCCACCCAAAUUACUCUACAUUUUUUCCGAGUUAAACUUGCCUGCAGUUACCUAGAGGUCGACCCUACCAUCCAACUUACCAUCCUAGAAUCCGAGUCCACCAUCGGAGGAACUUGGGCGAGGUCCCGCAUCUAUCCGGAAUUAACGGCCCAGCAACCGUUUGGCGUUUACGAGUUCCCCGACAAGUCCAUUCCCACCGCUGGUUUACAGGAGAGCGACUUUGUGCCUGCCGAGGCCAUCCACCGGCAUAUUGAGGAAUACGCGAAAGAGUACGGGGUAUACGAUUGUAUCAAGUUCAAUGCAACCGUUACAAAGAUCCGGCGAGCAGAAGACGGAGUCCGCUGGAUUGUGUGGAUAGAUGAUGGGAAGGAUAUGCUUGUCGCGGACAAAUUGGUUAUUGCGACAGGGCUGACGAGUAAUCCAAUGAUCCCGGAAAUCUCCACUGAGAAGUUCGAAAAGGUGGCAUUCCAUACACAGGACCUAGGGAAAAAACAUGACUACCUGCUCUCUGACGCCGUGGAGACGGUUACAGUCUACGGAGGGGGGAAGUCAGCCAUGGACGCCGUUCAUAUGUGCACCAAGGCCGGCAAGCGUGUCCACUGGGUUAUCCGAACGGGCCAGAAUGGUGUUCCACCAUAUUUUCCGGGAAAAUUCUUGGGAAAGUCAUCUAGUGAUAUUACCACAGCUAGAUUCGGGAUCAUGCACCACCCAAGCCUGGUGGACACGUCCAGCUGGUCCUAUAAGUUCUUUCACAGUGGGCGCAAUCGCAUCGGGUACUAUCUACAUUGGCUAUAUUGGAGCCUCAUUAGUAACGUGAUGCUCAAGAGAGCGGGUUAUCUGAAGAGCGAGAACAUGGGGAAACUUAAACCUGAGUUAGAUGAUCAUCAGUGUGUACCCUCUUUGCUACGUAUCUUCGCCGCUAACAGGCGUGUUAUAGCGCCUGGUGGGUGAACAGCGCACCGGGAAUAAUAACGCAUCCAGAGGUCGUUGAUCGUAUCCACGAAGGCAAAAUUGUUACGGUCCACCGCCAAUCAAUUACCUCCCUCUCGGGCGACAAGGUGAUUCUCGAGACUGGCGAACUCCAGACAGACGUCUUGAUCUGGGCAACGGGCUAUGAGAUACAGGUCAACCCCUUUUCAAUUGAAGAUAGCAUAGCGCUUGGUGUCCCCGUGCCCGUUUCACAGGCCCCUGCGACCGCCAAAAAGCACUGGGAUGAUCUCGAAUCCGCCGCUGAAGCAGAAGUCAUCCGCCUGUUCCCCAGACUAGCCGAUCCUCCAAAUUUCACUAGCUACCAGCCAAAACUUACGCCUUACCGUCUAUAUCGAUCCAUCGUACCGUUAGGCUGCCUACAGAAAGAUGUCCCGGAUAGGUCGCUGGUGUUUGCCGGUAUAUUCUCGACAUCGAGUUCAGCCAUCAUGUCUGUCGCGGUAUCGCUCUGGGCUGUGGCCUGGAUGACAGGGAAUGUGGAUGUUGCUCUGUCGAACGAGGAAGUAGAAAAGGAGCUCGCGAUGGCAAACGUGUUUUCUAAAAAGAGGUAUUUGAGCAUAGGAGCGAAGAAGCCCUGCUCUGUUUUUGACUUCUUGCCGGUGGGAUUCUCCUCCAUUCCUAUGUUUUUCCCUAUAUUUUUGUAAUGGGCAGGAAUGCUAAUGACAACACGACAGAUCGUCGAUUCUAUGUUAAGAGAGCUAGGGGUCAACCCUAGGCGGAAGAGCGGCGUUUUCCGUAACUUUUUUGAACCUUAUGCGCCGAGGGAUUAUAGAGGCAUUGUUCAGGAGUGGAAGAAGGCACACGGUCUUGACAAGACUACCGAGUGAUUUGGGCUGUGUUUGAGCUGCUAGCUUAAAGACAUGUGCCGUAUCUUGGCCAGUUAUGAGCGACUUGGUGUUUGCCACGGUGGUGACUAUAUAGGCAGUAGAGUUUUGGAAGGGGACCGUUUGUUUCUGUUGGCCGGUACGAGAAGGAAAAUAUCUACAUAAUCACAAUGAGUUUUCAAAUUGGCAAUUAUAGUGUCCCGCCUGGGGAGUCACAAGUAAAAUGUAUGGGCCUCUCCGGUAAGUAAUUAAUUUACAGUAUAUGUGGAGGUAGUUCUGCACCGGGAGGGUUUCAGUGCUUUACACACAGCUCACAUCAAGCCUUCUUGCACC